UAGAAAUCAAAUGGAAUUUGGUGUUAUUGACUCACUGCAAAAUCUGAAGAAAGGAUAAAUGAGAGGAUUGAUUAUAGUGUACUUUCCAAUGGUUUACAUUUUUCAAGAUCGAAGUGAUUUAACUGCAGGGUGAUUGGAGUCAUAAAACUUAAUGUAUGCAAGAUCUUAUCCUUACUUGUGUGCUAGAAUUUGAUGAGGAAGAAUGACGAUGAUAUUGUUGCUCAAGAAUGAUUGCAAUAUCAUUUGCGGCGUAUGAAGGAAUAUGAAGAAUACCAUCAUGAAGGUAAGGUAACCUAUUUUAACUUGACCAACUUGCUCUCUGCCUUCUAACUUGAAAAUACAAUCAUGCAGAAGAUAUGUCCAGACCUCAUCACACAGCCAAUAAGUUGAUAUGUGCCCCUUAAUUCCGCACUUCGAUCCGAUCUGGAUCAAUCAGACUUUAGAUGCCAACUGCUUCAAGACCGUCAAAGACAAUUGUGAUCCAACCCGGACUAAGAACGCUAAUAUUGAGUACCUUCGGAUCUUUCUCCUUGGUACCCAAUCCAUUUGAUAAAGCGUAAAGCUAAGCUGCUUCAUUGCCACCCAAGAUCUCAUUCUUUGAGUCGUAUCCUGAAUCUUCCGAUGUGUUCAAUGCGCCCCUGUAUAUAUAUAUGUGACUUCAUAACCAGUCAAUGGUGGCCAGGUUGUACCGAGAGCAUCCUAGUCCUUGACUAU